AUGCACCUCUUCGGCCUCAACGUCACAGAUCUAUUAGUCAAACUCUGGCGAGGCAGUCGUGAAUUUUGCGAUGACAAGCGUGGAGACUCUGUAGCUUCAUGGGAGUGGGUCUGCCUCACGGGAGACACAUGGGUCAGACAUGGGGCACAAGUUGCAGCGGCAAGACACUAUCUCCCUGGAUCAUUCGACCGGCCUCCUCGCAACCCUGCCGAGAAGAUCAACAGUGGAUACAAGUGUUGGGAGUUCCUCACUUGGAUAUACACCCUUGCCCCAGCUCUUCUCUACGGAGUCCUCCCUGACGAGUACUGGGUGAACUUCUGCAUGCUCGCUUCAGGAGUCCGGAUCGUGUUCCAAUGCGAGAGCUCAGCCAAAGACCGUGAGAAUGCAUACAAUCUCCUCGCUCAGUUUGUCUACGACUUUGAGGAUCUCUACAUCCAACGCAAGGUCUCCCGCAUCCAUUUCUCUCCUCAGUGCAUGCACACUAUCCCACACAUGGCUCUGGAAACCUUUCCCAUGGAGUGUACGAUCGGUGACCUUGGACAACAGAUACGCCAGCCAGCCAAGCCUUUUGAGAACCUCGCCGAGCAGAGCCUACGGCGCACACAAAUCAAUGCUGUCAGGUCGAUCAUCCCUAGCCUUAAGCGUCAGAAGGUGUCCAAUGUACCACGCAAGGAUCUUGGAGAUGGCUACGUUCUUAUGCACCCUCGUGAGCAACGAUAUCGGCAAGCAGAAGAUAACGAAGACAUCCUGAUCCUGCGGUACAUAGAAGACCGACUAGGCAGUACCUCUCAAGCUCGCGAGGAUUGGUUAGUUCGCCAACAAGCGUCCAUCCAGCAGUGGGCACGAUGCGAGCUCCCAAACCGCCAAGUUGCCCGCUCCGUAUGGAAGGAGAUUGCAAACGGAAUGUCGAGGAUGGCACGUAACGUCAAGUAUGCGGAAGUCCAGUUCUACUUCCUCUGCUUCAUCGGCGGCCAAGAAGAGGCUCUCGCAAUAGUAGCAAACUAUGGGCCGCCUAAUGAGGAACUCCUGAAGCUCUCAUCAAACGCCGUUUAUGCACUCGGUGUGAUCGCAGUCAAGUCUAUCCUAUCCUGUGUGGCGAUAAUCCCAUGUCAUACUCUCCCCCAUCCCGACGCUUCCCCAACAGGCGACAAUGUCUUCUUCGUAGCGGAGAAGCUGGGGCUCGACAUCGGACUACUUCGCGGAAUAUAUGGGUCAGGUGACAACACUGACAAUGCAGACGGUGACGGAGACGAACCAGAUGAAGUUCAGAAUGACGAUCUGUAG